GCGGCGGGCGCGGCGCGCGCCUCCCCGGGGUCCGGUACAUGGCGGCGCCGGGCGCAGGGCCCGGGCCCGGAGCGCCCCCGGGGCUGGAGGCGGCCCUGCAGAAGCUCGCGCUGCGGCGGAAGAAGGUGCUGAGCGCUGAGGAGAUGGAGCUGUACGAGCUGGCGCAGGCGGCGGGCGGCGCCAUCGACCCCGACGUGUUCAAGAUCCUGGUGGACCUGCUGAAGCUGAACGUGGCGCCCCUCGCCGUCUUCCAGAUGCUCAAGUCCAUGUGUGCUGGCCAGAGGCUGGCGGGCGAGCCCCAGGACCCCGCGGCCGUGUCUCUGCCCACAUCCAGCGUGCCCGAGACCCGAGGGAGAAACAAAGGCAGCGCGGCUCUGAGUGGAGGCCCAGCACUGGCAGAGCGCAGUGGCCGGGAAGGAUCCAGCCAAAGGAUGCCCCGACAACCCAGUGCUACCAGGCUGCCGAAGGGGGGCGGGCCGGGGAAGAGCCCUACUCGGAGCAGCACCUGACAUGGGCAGACUUUUCAUGUGGCCCAGCUGUGGGCUUUGGCAGCCUCCUAAUGGAGGCUACAUGGGGUUCCACAGUUGGUAAUAAAGCUUUGUGGGAAACCGAGGGUCCAUCCAA